UUAUAUUGAAAUCAAAAUAGACUCAGUUAGAAGUAUUAUAAAAAUUCUAAAAUGAGGCCUGGUUGUGUUAUAGAAGUUUAGGGACUCGUGUUUCGACCACUUUGGCUUUCAAAAUUUCUUAUCUAAAUUCUAAAUCCCGCUAUAAAAUAAAAAGAUGAACCAAUUUGCAUUAAACCGCGUCCUGGCUACUCAGCUUCGCGAGGACUGGGGGCCGGAGGAAAAAGUCAGAGCCAGGCUGGCGCAGAUGGGUAAGAGGCUCCGGGCCUCAGCUACCCAAGCACCACUGGCUAUACCAUCAUCAACAACCUAUCAAUAUCACACUCGUUUACCCGAAACGCGAAAGACCUACGAAAACAUGAUGGACCGGAUACACAUGACCAUGAAGUCUGUGAGACCACCACGCAGACCACGGCGACCAAUUGCGCCCCCGCCAGUAGUUGAAGCUCCGGUUGAACCGCCACCGCCGCUGCCGACAAAAUGCAAGCGCAGCAAAUCCGGUCGAAUCAAAGGUGGCGGCAACUCCUCGAGGACAGCUAGUGCAACGGUGUUCGGCAACAGGAUCAAUCCCUUAACCAUCAGUAAAGCGCAGCGGAUGGUAAAGCAAAAUGUAAGCGACAUUGGCCAAAAGAGUUUCAACCAGCGCAAUCGCAUCCGUGAGGUUAUACAGCAGAAGAGUGUGCUGGAGACGAUGCUGCAGCAGCACAAGAAGCUGCAGAGGGAUCGUCAGAUUAUUGCCUUGGAUAUUCAGCGUAUGCGGGCGGAUCUGGACAGGAUUCGCAAUAAGUUGGACACUUCGCUGCAGAAUUUAAACUCUACCCGUACACUUUUUAGUGUACAGCCCAGCAAGACCAGCACGGGCAAGAAGAGCAGCAUUAAGAAAGUUUCGACGCACAGUGUAAAUGUUCGGCGUUCCUCCGGGUCGCGAAAGUUCAAGGGAAAAUCAAAAAGUUCCAAUUCUAUGCCCAUAAACAUCAACAAAUCUUCUGCUGUCAAGCGCCGUGCGCACUAAAUACUGGUUUAAAAAAAUAAUGGUUAAAAAAUAAGCAUAUUCGACCUGCACGUUCCUACUUAUAGCGCUUAAAAGAAGUUCAAAGUUCAAUUUUAAUAAAAUUCUAGCUAACAA